CAAGAAUGUCAGGGUCACCGUGAUCUGUAACAGACACGAAUUCCAGUUUCUCUCGCCAGUCACGAAUGUGCGAGUACUGUCCUCGGCCGGUCACCGAUUGAGUGGACUGCUGACAAAUUGGUUGUCGGCUUAGACCUCACACACGAGGAGGGAGCGGGAACUGUGCUGAGAGGGCGGUUUCAAGAUGGCGGAAAAAGUACCUUCCAUACGUCUUAACAGCGGAUACGACAUGCCUAUGCUGGGCUUAGGGACCUACAACAGUUUCAAGCCAAACGAGGUUGGUGAUGCAGUGAAGGCCGCAGUACAGAUGGGAUACCGCCAUGUUGACACAGCCUUGAUCUAUAAAACGGAACCGGAAAUUGGGGUCGCCGUUAAAGAACUGAUAAAAGAAGGGAAAAUAAAGAGGGAAGAGCUGUUUAUUGUGACGAAGAUGUGGGUGCACUGUCACGAACCAGAUCAGGUGGAGCCAGCGUGUCGCCAGUCACUGGAGGCCCUAGACAUGGAUUAUAUAGAUCUGUACCUAAUACACUUUCCCGUGCCUUUCGUUGACAGGGAACGGACCAAGCCGACCAUGACGGACUACCUGGACACGUGGAAAGCCAUGGAGAAGCUCGUGGACAAGGGUCUUGUCAGGUCCAUCGGUGUUUCCAACUUCAAUAAACAACAACUGGAGAGGAUACUCAAAAUGGACGGUCUCAAGUACAAGCCUGCGAAUAACCAGGUGGAGAUAACUCCAUAUCUGGCAGAGGACGAACUUCUGCAGUUCUCCCUCAAGAACGGCAUCUCAACUACUGGCUACGCGCCGUUCGGGGCACCAGGACAGAACUAUGUAUCCAAGGAUGCACCCAAACCUCUGGAAAACCCGACCAUUGUCGAAAUAGGAAGGAAAUACAACAAAUCCUCAGCUCAGGUGAUCCUCAGAUAUGGCAUACAGAGAGGCUAUGCUGUAAUUCCCAAGAGUACGAAUCCAGCUCGUCUGGCCCAGAACAUGGAUAUAUUUGACUACAAGCUCAGUGAGGAGGAUAUGAAGACAAUGCUAGCUCUGGACAGAGGCCUUAGAAACAACUUUCAAACAUUCAAAGAGGGCAGUUUCAAGAUGGCGGACAAAGUACCAUCCAUACGAAUGAACAGUGGAUACGACAUGCCUAUGCUGGGCUUAGGAACCUUCAACAGUUUCCGGUCCAAUGAGGUUGGUGAUGCCGUGAAAACUGCAAUACAAAUUGGAUACCGCCAUAUUGACACAGCCUGGAUGUAUCAAACGGAACCGGAAAUCGGCGCCACCAUUAAAAAAAUGAUAAAAGAAGGAAAAGUGAAGAGGGAAGGGCUGUUCAUUGUGACUAAGAUGUGGGUUCACUGUCAUGAACCAGAUCAGGUGGAGCCAGCGUGUCGGAUGUCACUGGAGGCCCUAGACAUGGAUUAUAUAGAUCUGUAUCUAAUACACUUUCCUAUUGCUUUUGCUGACGAGGGGAUGUCCAUGCCUACCAAGACGGACUACCUGGACACAUGGAGAGCGAUGGAGAAGCUGGUGGACAAGGGCCUUGUAAGGUCUAUAGGCGUCUCAAACUUCAAUGCACAACAACUGGAUAGGAUUCUAAAAAUGGACGGUCUCAAGUACAAACCUGCAAACAACCAGGUGGAGAUAUCUCCAUAUCUGGCCCAGGAAGAACUGCUGCGAUUCUCCCUCAAGAACGGCAUCUCAACCACUGCCUUUGCUCCAUUCGGGGCACCGGGACAGAGCUAUGUAUCCGAGGAUGCUCCCAAACCCCUCGAAAACCGGACCAUUGUCGAAAUCGGAAGGAAAUACAACAAAUCAUCAGCUCAGGUGAUCCUCAGAUGGGGCGUACAGAGAGGUUUUGCUUUAGUUCCCAAGAGUACGAAUCCAUCUCGUCUGGCCCAGAACAUGGAUAUAUUUGAUUUCAAGCUCAGCGAGGAGGAUAUGAAGGCAAUACUAGCUCUAGACAGAGGCUACAGAGUCAACCUUCCAAAUUUCAUUGAAUGGAAAGAUCAUCCCUUCUAUCCCUAUGAGAAGUGAGCUUGCACGGCACGGAAGACUCACGGUCAGACAAUUGACGUCGGUCAGAGUAUUGUCUGCAUAAGUCGUUCCUUUAUUUUUGUGAUCGUCCUCAAUGUGGAACAAGUUGAAUAUAAUUGUAGGUGUGUCGAAUACAAAUUUGUCAUAAUGCUAUUGUGUUAUAAGGAAUGAAAAUCAAGUACACACCGAUUUAUUUACCUGGGUAAUAAUGUAAAUAAUGCAGCGAUUUGUGCCUUCUUUAAAGGGUAGAAUUGACGCAUUAUUUAAAGAUGAAUAGUAGAAGUAGUUGUAGCAGUGGUAGUAGUUGUGGUUUGUUGUUGUUUACAGCCACACAGAGAAAUAUUCCAGCGGUUUGUUAAUAAUAGAAUGUGAACCACACCAAACGGUGAUUGUCAUCAUGAGCAUCGAUCUGCACGAUUGGAGUACGAUGACUAUCAAACAAGCCAGUCUGCCUGAUUGCCGAACAUGUUAAAGAUCAGUUCUAGUCGCAAAUCUGUGAUAAAUAGUUCAAUGCUUCAUGGCGACACUCAACGAAACUUCGUAAAUGGUACCCAGGUGUAAAUAUUGUACUUUGCAGCCACUUUCACCUUUAUGUCACAGGAAAUGUUUUAAGACUAAAUCAAUGGUUUGAAUAUCCUACGUAAUACAACGGUAAAAACAAUCUGUAUCGAAACUUCGCACUCAUGAAAUUAAUACAAAACUGUGUUAUCUAUAAAGUUUGUCAGUAUUCUACGUUAUACAAUUGUUUUAGUUGCAUUUAGCUUAAUGUCUUUCUCUGGUCAUCCGGUGAUGUAUGCAGGGAUGUACAUAAGUAUGGAGCUUUAUAUCUCUUGUUAUAGUUUGCGUUUAUAGUGUUAAUGUACUGUUUUGUAUUCAAAUACACAUAAGAUGCGAAUAAAAAUUAUAAAGUACCCCGGUA